AAUAUCUUCAUCUCACGCUUUUUCCGAAACCCCAAAUCCCCGAUCCGAUCCCGAUACGUUCCGAUACGUUACGUUACACAAAAGCUCCUUCCGCACCGCCUCUCUCUCCUAAAAACUCCCUAUCUGUCGAAAAAUCUCAUUCUUGCCAUCGAAACCCGAAACAAGAGAAGAUGAGAGGAGGAGAUGAAGAAGACGGUCGCACAUGCAGCUAUGUCCUCGCCACCACAUCCGAAGAAGACCCGCACGUGAUGGAAUGGGAAACCGGCCUCCCAUCGUCCGAUGACUUGAUGCCCCUAUCUCAGCCGUUGAUCCCACCCGAGCUCGCCUCCGCCUUCUGCAUCUCACCCGAACCCUCCCGCACGGUGAUUGAUGUCACCCGUGCGUCCCAUAGCACUCUCUCCUCCCUCUGCAACCGUCAGAUGUCUUCCAUCCCAUCCAACGGCUUCCAAUCCUUCCCCUCUUUUGAAGACAGGGACGACGUUGAGGAUUCUGCGAGAGACGGCAUGGAUUCCGGAAAAGGGCGAAAAUUCGACUCCGGCGGCGAGGAGCCGGAUGACGAUCAGUCCGCCCGGGCGCUGAAACGGCCGCGGCUAGUGUGGACCCCGCAGCUACACAAGCGGUUCAUCGACGUCGUGGCCCACCUCGGGAUCAAGAACGCGGUCCCGAAGACGAUCAUGCAGCUGAUGAACGUUGAAGGGCUGACGCGGGAGAACGUUGCAAGCCACCUUCAGAAGUACAGGCAGUACCUGAAGCGAAUGCAUGGAUUGUCGUCGAGCGAGGGCCCGUCGUCGUCCGAUCAGCUGUUCAAUUCCACGCCUGUUCCGCACGAGCCUGGUGACUGGCCGGGCCCGACCCCAAUGCCAAACAUGUCGCCUUACCUGCAUAUGCCGGUCCUCGGUGUGCCCCAUGAGGGAAAUGGGAACAGACACCUGGCCCCGAUGCCCAUGAACAAUCCGGGCCACGCCGCAGCAGCCUAUUAUGGGUUCGAAUCUCAACAUUAUAAUCUCUUCAACGAGCAGCGGAGGGAUUGGGUGGGGAAUUAGUUUGGAUAGAUAGCGUCAUAUCGUUGUGUUUCGCCAGGCGAUAAAUAAAUGGAAUUCUUGGGAUUCAUGCCAUUAUGAUGCUGGCCAAGAUGUAAAAUGGAUUUGGAUGAGGCAGAAGUUAAGGCUCCGAGGUGAAGGAUUGUGGAUUGUUUUACUCCUUUAGUACUCUGUUAAAGCCAUUAGACGGGCUUCUUCCAAAGAUUUGGAGCUGUAUACUUCAGACGAGACCUGUUGCUUUUAUGAAAUCUUGCGAUUUCUUUUAGACAUGUUUUCAUGGAAACCAAUGAGUUGCCUGACUCACUGGUCAAAGGCGGUGCAUCUAGAGAGCCACUUCUCACUGACUUUAAGCCAACUACCAAGGUCUGUUUCCUUUGCAUUCCAUUUCAUUAAAACAUCACUUAGAAAAAAAAGAAGAAGAAGAAAUUCGUAGGAGCUGUUCAAUUUCCACAUCAUUGCUCACAUGAUUUGCAUGUCUUUCUUCUUCUCAUGCACAAAUUCUGUGCCCGGAAGGCCCAAUCUUAUUUACUCUUUCUUUGACUUAUGUAUGGAUCCUUCACUCUUUAUUGGAGCAUCCCAAGAAGAUAUAGAAUAAAUAGUAUCUAUCUCGAAGGACAUCUCAUGUUUCUCACUUGCCCACAGCUCCACAUGGUUCAUAGAGUGUUUCUUGCUCACUUUGCUUUUGCAGCUAGCCAUUCAAGUAAUUAAAGUGCAAGAACCUUGGAGUGUUGACUCUUUGAAGGACAUCUAGUUUGCCUGGGUGAAAAGGCAGGCGGGGGUGCAGGUAUCCUUGAUACAGAUAUCGGGAAAUAGGAAAGGUCAGUGUUAGUACACAGAGAAGAAGUAUAUGCUCAUACCUGAAAGAAACCCCACUCCUUGCAAGCCAGAUCCAGCUUUCUUCCUUCAUCUUUGUUUCUACUCAACAGCAAUGAGAAAUCUAUGAUAGGGAUAUCAGAUGAGAGGGUGGAAAGCUCUGCAUCAUUGGGCCUAUCAACAUGCUCUCUUAUGUAUCUAUCAGGAACAGACUGUGAGUCCUUCCUCACAACCUCUUGAACACUAUCUACAGGCAGAGAUUUUCCCCAACCCAAUACAUUAUCUUUUUGCAAUCCUCCAUCAAAAACCUUUGAACCCAUAUCUUUGUACUGAACAAUCUUAGUGCUGAGAUGUUAUUAUAGUUUCAUACAAGCACAAAGAUGAACUUGAUAUGUGAUUAAGCAAAGAUAUGUUUUGAUUGCAAGGAAUCUUUCUCUUCAUCAGUCAGUGAUACCCUUGAGAAGCUGUUUGGUUUGCUUCAUUCUUUUACUUGAUGGCUUGUCAUAAUAAACAAAGUAGAUACCAAUUUAAUUAUCUGGGCUUGUUUUAUUUUCUGCUUGGAUGAUUUUGGAAACUCCAAGGGAAUUAGUUUAUUAUGUUUAUGCCAUUAAGAAACAGACAGCUAUUGGGAUUCCAAGACAAGUAAUGAUCGAACGGUUUGACUUUCUUUUA